UUUUUUUUGCAAUAGAAUUUACAAGUAACAGGCAUCCAAGACUUUAUGAGCAAUUUCAUAAGUAAUGCUACAGAAGAGGCUCAGAACAUAAUUCAAUCUUCAGCUACCAUAUUAACAAUUGUAGAAAUACUGACAAUCAUUUCCAGUCUCUCACAAACAAUUUUAAUCAAUCAACCCGUUAUGAUGGAUUUUCUGAAAACAACUGAUGUAAUUGGAUCAGUAGGUGCACGGGACACAUGGGUGCAUUUAAACAAAAAUAGUACAACUAUGAAUGCCAGUUCUGAACUUCUGAAGUCUAUUGAGAGCCUUGCACGCCGACUCAGGGAUGAAAACUUCAACAUAACAACAAACUACACCUCUCUCAGUAAAAUUAACUUUACUACCCCCUUUUCUGAAACAUUCGGUAUAAAUUUAACUACCCAAAUAAUUGUACCCACACUUAGGGAACCGACUUUCAUCACAGUGAUAAUCUCUUCUGCCCUUGAAAAUGCCUUACCUGUUCGAAAUCUGACCUACAAUGACAGCAGUGAAUCUGGCAUCAGGAUCAAUGGAGAUAUAGCUGUAAUUGAGACAAAGUCAACAAUUAAUAACAUUUCCUUUUCUUUUGAUGUAAAAAAUAAGACACUGGGAAACCCUCAGUGUGUUUUUUGGAACUUCAGUCUACUGAAUGGCAUUGGGGGAUGGGACUCAACUGGAUGUCAACUUAAACCAUUAGAGAAUGAAACAGAAAAAUUUACAUGUGAGUGCAAUCACACAACCUCUUUUUCAAUCCUGAUGUCACCAUUUGCCUUGGAUAAAGACUUGGCCAUAAUCUUAGAUUACAUAACUUACACUGGCGUUGGCAUUUCAUUGGGCAGCUUGGUUUUGUGUCUCAUCAUUGAAAUCUUUUUAUGGAAAUCAGUGACAAGAAAUGACACAUCCUACAUGCGCCAUGUCUCCGUAGUCAACAUUGCUGUCUCCCUUCUGAUUGCAAACAUAUGCUUCAUCAUUGGAGCACCAGUUGUAAAGAAAGGAGAGGGUCCCUGCAGUACAGCAACAUUCUUCAUGCACUUCUUUUAUCUUGCCCUUUUCUUCUGGAUGUUGCUGUCAGCACUCUUGCUCCUCUACCGCACCCUCAUGGUCUUUUCUAGAAUGUCCAAAGGAGCAAUGAUGGCCAUAGCCUUCACUGUUGGCUAUGGAGCCCCGUUAAUCAUAGCUGUCAUUACUGUGGCCUCUACAGCUGGAAGUCAAGGAUACAUUCAAAAAGAUUACAAUUGUUGGCUAAACUGGAGUAAAACGAAGGCCCUCCUGGCAUUUGUGAUUCCUGCUCUGACUAUUGUAGCUAUAAACCUCCUGGUGCUUAUUGUGGUUCUGUGUAAGAUGUUGAGGAGAGGAGUUAAUACUUCCACCCAGCCAGAUGAUAAAAAUCCCCUAGUCGUCAUUGCUAGAUGUGUGGCGAUUUUAACACCUCUCUUUGGUCUAACGUGGGGAUUCGGUAUUGGGACCAUGAUGUCAUCGAGCUUUGGGGUUCAUGUGGUGUUCGCAUUCCUUAAUUCACUGCAGGGCUUCUUUAUUUUGCUGUUUGGAACAUUACUGGAUGGUAAGGUCAGACAAGCAUUGGCAGGAAAGCUGGGACUGAGUAACCUCAGCUCUAACCAAACCAGGAGGAUAAUUGCAGGACCAUCAUCCUCAAGUGGACUUCUUUUCAUUCCGAAGUUAUAACAGAGAAAUGUGUCCAAUGUAUUAGACAGUGACAUUUUACCUGUUUCUUCAGCUUCAAGAGGGUCAGAUGCAGUUACUGACAGUUUAGCUAUUUAACAGCUAAUGCUGUUGGUAACGAAGUAAAAAAGUCAAAUAUAUUUUAAAAGCACAAGUAUCAUUUAAAGCACCCUUUUAAAGCCCCAGAAAAGUGAUUUCAGAAUGAUUUAAAAAAUUAUUUGAGAAUGAUGUAUAAGGAAUGAAUGUAAUAAAAUUAUCUGUAUAAUUGUUUGUAUUUAAACUCAAUAAGCCUGCAGCUUGAAACACAUUACAUGGAAUUACAUUUCUAAUUAAUAAAAUAUAUUUAAUAGAGUAGCAUGGGGUAGAUUUCAAUGACGGUAAUGAUUUGGAUAGGGUAGAUUUCAAUGACUGUAAUGACACAAACAUCACUCAAAUAUUGAAAAAAUAUAUCUUUUUAAUCAUUACCACUAUGCAAACACUAAAAUUAAUUUUAGUGUUUGCAUAGUGGUAAUGAUUAAAAAGAUAUAUUUUAAUCUUAAAGCAUUCAAGACUAAUAUUAAAUAAUUU